GGCUAGUUCAAGUUGCCAUAGCGGCGGGCGUGGGGCGCUUGGGCGUGCCCGGGGAUUGAGUCGGUUUCCCUCGGCGGAGGUGGGGCGACCUCCCGCAACUGCUGUGCGGUGAGGGCUGGCGGCGCCUCGGGCCGGCGCCAGAGCGGCCGUGCGGGAAGGGGCUGCGCUGCCGCCGGGGCGGGGUGGGCUGAGGUUUCAAGGUACUAAUGGCAGAUUCAUCCAGUGAUUCAGACAGCUUUCUUAGGGGUCAAAUAGGAAGGCGGCCACCUUUGAGAACAUCCCACAACAGAGCUCGGAACUAUGGUGCUGAAGAAGUUACAGAGAAGAUCCAUACUUUAACAAGCACUUUACAGGAUACCAACAGAAAUCUAAGACAUGUUGACCAUUUACUAGGACAAUACAGAGAAUACAACAAGGAACAAACCAAAGCAAUAGCAACUUUAAAAGAAACGCUGGAACAGUCUAUAGGUCAAUUAAAGAGCCAACGAUUAACCCAAAACUCUGGAAUGCGAAGUGCUUCUCUCUCAAGCUUAUACCCCAGUGAUCUAGAUGGAGAAGGAGUGUCAGGGAACCGUCACUUCCUGCCUACUUCUCCUCUCAGGGAUUAUGGAGACUCACAGGGCAAUAAACAUCGAAGGUCUAGAUCUGCAAGUGUUCGAUUUGUCAAUGAGGCAGAUAAUUUGGACCAGCUUCAUUCUUUCCACCAGUCUCUUCGAGACCUCAGUAGCGAACAAGUUCGCCUAGGAGAUGACAUCAGUCGGGAGCUUUCAAGAAGAAAUCGGACUGAUGCUGAAUUAAGAAAGACUUUAGAAGAAUUGUCUGAAAAGCUCACUGAGUCCCAAAGACAAGAAACGGUAUCAGAGCGGGUAGAGAGAAGACUUCAUGAGUUAGAACAAGAAAUGCGUGCUGAAAGACGGCUUGUAGAAAGGCGCCAGGACCAACUGGGACAUAUGUCUCUUCAAUUACAAGAGGCUUUAAGGAAGCAAGAUGCUAAAGCAGAUGAAACAGAAGAACUAAUGAAAAAUAAACUUGUGAAAUAUGAAAGUGAAAAGAACCAACUUGAGCAGGAAUUGGAGCGGUCCCGGAAAAAGUUGAACGAAUCGGAAGGCAGUAGAGAAGCACUUUUGCGUCAGAUUGAGGAUCUUCGUUCCCAACUUUUGAGAGCAGAAGACCGAGUAGAGUUGCAACAUCAAAUUUCACAUGUUGCUACGCACCGCCAGAGCUGCCAGGAUGUACAAGAUGAUGACAGGAGAAUUAGAACAGUAGCUGAAAGAUAUGAGAGAGAGAAGCAAGAACUGGAGAAACAUAUUUUAGAGCUUAAAGCAAAGCUCAGUCAUAAUGCUGUAAUGUCAGAGGUAGAAGAACUGAGGAGAUGCAUAGAGCGUAAGGACAAGGAGAAAGCACAGCUUUUAAUGCACAUACAGGUGUUAACAUCUGACCUGGAAAACAGGGAGAAGCAGCAGGAAAAAAUGCUGGACCAGCUAAAGGAGAUACAGAGUUGCUACAAGGCUUGUGAGAAUGGACGUAGACAAACUGAACUCCAGUCUGCUGAGCUAGCUCAACAGGUUGAAGAGAGUACCAAGGAAGCAGAACGGUACCUGACUGAAUUCAAGCAUUCAGAGGCACUCAGGCUGGAGACCGAGAAAAAAAGAGAAGAUUUGAAGGUCAGAGCACAGGAAACAAUCCGCCAAUGGAAGUUAAAAUGUAAGAAGCUGGAUUGUGAGGUUGAAAAACAAAAUGAAACUAUCAACCAACUGAUGGACAAGAACAGUCAGGCCCUCAAAGAAAAGGAUGAUCUCAGAAGUCAACUUCUCUCCGCUAUACACCAAAUAGAAAACCUUCGGAAAGAGCUGAAUGAUGUGCUUACAAAGAGAGCCCAGCAGGAAGAACUCCUCCACUGCAAAGAGGUAAAACUGAAUGAAAUGAAGUCUCACCAGGAAUCUCUUGAAGAAGAGAUGAAAGAAGUUAAAAGUACAGUAAAUAAACUGGAGAAUGAGUUAAAAAAGCAAGUCUUUCUACAAAGUCAAAUGCAAGCUGAAAAGGAGCACUUGGAGACAGAACUGGCAACUAGUAACUUGAUCCAUAAAAAAGACCAAGAAAGACUCUUAGAAAUGCAAGCAGAUGUAAAAAACUUAAGUUCUGUACGUGUGGAACUAACAAACAGAAUAGCAGAAGAUGAGAAAGUCAAAAAGGAAUUACAUAAGAGCCUCUCAGAUCUCCAGAAACAGCAGGAAUCCAAGCAUGAAGAGAUAACUUCAGCUAACAGACAGCUGAAGAUGGAAAGAGAAGUUCACCAACAGGAGCUGGCAGAUCUUAGAUCAGAGUUGCAAAAUGUUAAAAUCAAACAUGAACAAAAUGCUGAAGAGCUCAUGAAACUCCUUAAACAAGAAAAGGAUGAUGCAGAGGCUCAGAUUAGAAUGCUAAAGAUGGAACUUGUAGAUGAGAAAAACAUAGUCAAGACUCAAUAUCGACAACUGGAGAAGAUAAAAAUUGAGUGUGAUAAAUUGACAGAAGAAUUAACCCAAAAUGAAGAAGAAAAUAUAAAACUCAGGCGGAAAUGUGAGUUUAUGAAAAAAGAACUGGAGAAAAAGGAUAAACAGAUCAGCAGUGAAGAUCAUUUGAGAAGGAUGGAUGAGGCCAAAUUGCAGUUUAAGGAUCAGCUGCGUCACUUAGAAAUGGAACAGGAAUCCAUUCUCACCAUGAUAGGAAAUGAAAUUGAUGCUGCUUGUGAAAUUUUUUCUCGGGACUCCAUGGAAAAAUUCAAAGCAAUAUCACUUACACCAAUGGUGCUGAAUGAUCCUCAUCGCUGGUUAGCAGAAACAAAGACUAAGCUUCAGUGGCUGUGCGAGGAGGUAAAGGAGAGAGAAAGUAAGGAAAAAAAACUGCGAUGCUACUUACUGCAGAGCCGAGAACAACUCAAGCACUUUACACAGAUGAAGGAGGCUGAACACCAGUCCCUUUCUAAACAGAUAAAAAAGCAGGCAAAACUUUUAGAAGAAGUUCACAGAGAAAAAAGAGAGCUACUAGAGAAGACCCUUAGAAGAGAGGAAGAAAUGGGAGCUCUCCAGGAACGUGUUAUGGCCCUAGAAAAGAGUACUCAAGUAGCUUUAGACCACCUGGAGUCUGUUCCUGAGAAACUGAGCCUGUUAGAGGAUUUCAAAGAUAUUGGAGAGUCCCAUUGCCGAAGGGAGAUGAUUGAGGAAAGGUAUACAAAGUAUAAAGAAAUAGUGAGUUCUCUACAGCAACAACUGGAAGAUUCAAAACAGAGAGUCCAACAAUUCAAGGAUGUGAAAACGGAUGCUGAAAUUUCUGAUAUAGAAAUGGCUGCUCCCUCUUCUAGUUGGCGAACUCAGACCAGCUUUUUGUCCAGCUCACUGCUCUCAGAUUCAGGUUCACUUACGAAAAGAAUGGUUCCUUUUGAUACAAGUGCCACCAAGGAAGAUUCCAUUGAUGGUGCCAUCAGUGAAAUGAAGCUGCAAGCUGAAAGAGGGAAACUGUAGAACAUUUUACAAAAACACCCCAGCUGUCUCUGUGGUAAAUUCCAUUCCACUCUUUUUUGGUUUUGAACAGUAGUAAUUCAGUCUGCUAUAAGAGUGAUGCACCCUUAAUGAUUCAGCUCUGAUUUCAACAAUGAUUUGGUAAUAUUGCCAAACACUUAAAUGAAAGAGCAUCAAGUGUGAGUCUAAUGAACUCUUGUUAUAAGUUAUGUAACUUGUACACCAAAGGUUUUCUAGGAUUAUGCUAGUCUCCUGUAUUUGUUUCUGCAGUACUCCUAAACUAAAUUUAUUGUAUUCCUGAAAUAUAAUGAAAGACCUGUGACAUUAACCUUUGCUAUGACCUUAUUUAACCCUGUACAGGAAUUGUUCUGACAUUUUUUGGUUUUAUAACAUUUAAUAACAUUAUUAAUAAUGAAAAAAUAUUCAUAAAUUGCCUUUGUCCUAGUAUUUAUUAUGAGAGUCAUUAUACAACAUUGUGCAGACACAUUCUGAUUUUAGGUUCUUCAGUUUACAACAAUAAUUUAAGAAAGAAGUGAUAAAUAUUAAACAAAACCAAAUUUCCUCAAAAUUAGUGGAAAUUCAUAUUGUGAUUUCAGCUUCAGCAUAUAUCUAUUAUAAUCUGUUUAGAAUUACUCUUCUGACCAGAACAGUUUUAUCAGAUGACCUCUGGUAAGGCACUUAACAUCACCUGAAUCUCACCCAUCUGUGUUAAGCAUGUUGAACAGCACUGCUGUGAAAAUUAUAAUAGCAGGGUGUAAUGAUAAUUUAUUUGUUUUUUUAAUUCUCUAUUAGAAGAGAUGCAUCAUAUUGAUUUUUAAAUAUUAUGGAAGGACAACAUUGUACAGUUGUAUUUGUUUGGAUACCUCUAUUCUAAACAAAUUGGUACAAUUCUGAGUUACUGUGGUCUCAAACAGCACAUCACAGCAGAAUUUUCCGCUGUCAGAAAAAUUGCAAGUGUUUCUGAUGUUCCUUGUUUUAUCCUCCUCUCUAGCACUUCUGGUUGAAUCACUGCUAAUGUGCCUUAAAAAAUUUGCCAAAUCUAUCAGAGUACAGUAGCAACAUGAUCACCACGGGAAUGUUUUUGUUUUGUAGGCUUCUUUCAUAUUUAGGAAGCCUGCUUCUUCUUUGAAACACUGGGGGUUUUUAGUACUAUAAGUGUCCCAGACAUAAUUCACAGGUCAUUAUGUGCCACCUGAAAAUAGGAUUUUUAUUUUUUUUUUUUAAUUUUCAGAAGAAGUGUUCUGAAGUCCCAGUGGGUUCUCUGGACAGUCCACUUACUUGACAACCCACUUGCAUUCAGCCUGUUUAAAACAGAACUUCUUGCUGAGAACAUCAAAAUCAGAUAAGAAAAUGAAAAAAAAAAAAAAAGUUUUCCUUUUAUUUUUUUAUACAUGUAAAUUACUUAAAAUUUAAAACAUUUCUGAUUUGGUUAAAGGUUUUCUUUACCUUUUGCAUGUGUAUAAUGCUGUGCAUUGUAGUGCUGGCAUUGGCUUUUUGCAGACUUCUGGCACAUCUGCUCAUUCAGAAGGGCAAAAAAGCAGAACAGGCACAUCCAUCCUGUCUGAUCUCAACAGCAAUGACAGGGCCAAGACACAAACAUAAACAGACUUCUACUCUGAAGAAGGCAGGACAAAUAGAAACCUGUUUGUGUCUACAAAGGGUGUGGAUGUCAUGAAGCAGUGUUUAGCUCAAGCCACAGUUACCAUAAACUAAACUUACUAUAAGUGUAUCCAACAUUUGUAAUUUAUUUUUUUAAUUAGAUCAGAGCAUAGCUGGAAAUAUGGCGUUUAAAAUACUUUAGCUGCUUUGUCUGGUGAAACAUUAAAAAAUUGUAAAAUAAAAUGUCACCAGCUUGCAGCCUUUAUGAUACCUACAAAUUAUGGCUGAAAUUAUAGAAAGGUCAUUUUAAAAUAUAUUAUAAAAGGGUAAAUUAUGCUGUCAAAACACCUCAUGUUGUAAUGAGGUCUGAUGCAUGGAUUGCUGAUGGAUAAAUGUGUGCCCAACCCACUUUACUGAAGUUGAAAUUAUUUUUGAGGUAAAAUGCCUGUUGGUAAAUGAAUGAGGCUUUAAGAGUCUCAGCUGAAAAGUAAUACACAGAAAAAUAAUGUCCUCUCUUUUUCCUAAGGAAUUUGUAAAAAUCUGGAUACUGAUUGCUCUUACAAUUUUCUGUAUUUAUACGUUUUUUUCCUCAUUUGUAACUCAGACAUCUGAAAUAUAUUUCCAUAAAACAGUAUCGCUACUGCUUUAUAGUGUUAGAAAACUAAGGAUAAGCAGUCUAAACUCCCUCAUUAUUAUAUCAAGUAUUGAAUUGAUUUUUGUGCAAUGCCAGACAUAAAUGUCUACUAGGUGAAUAAUUUUCGCUUUAAGAGUUUAAAUAUGCUCAGUGUUUAGAAUAUUUGCCUUUGGCCUUGUGGCUGUGUUUUCAGCAGAGUUUUAUAUCCUUUUUUAAAAUUUUCUAAAAGGGCUGAAGGAACAGAAGGGAAGAAGUCAAACCACAAAAAAAAAAAAAGGAGGAAUUUUUAAUGAGUAGGCUAACGGACUCCAAAGCCAGGAAACUCUUUCUUAAAUUUACCCUCUUGGCAUGGCAGUCCAGAUAGCGCGUAAUAUUUGUCUCUCUUCCACCUUUGAUAGAGGUUCAUAUUACAAAGUGAAUUUUGUUUCCUUUUUACUGAAGGCUAAAGUUCCGUUCAUGACAUUAUGUGAAACUGUCCUUUUGUGGUUUAAGAAAUAAUAUUCUUUCCAUAUUGGCCUGAAAUAAUAUUCCUCUGACCAGUUUCAGUUUUUAAAGUAGAAAACCAGAUAAUAUUUUAAUAAAACAUUUUGUAUAUUUCAGGUCUAAAAAAUUGCUUUCCCUUCUGGUAAUCAGAUUUUUUAAAUGCUUUUAGUGACCUGUUCCUUGAUUCAUGCCCAAAAAAGUAGUUUUCAAUAAUCAAAAAAUGUGGUAUCACACCUGAAAAUGGUGGUUUGUUUCUUUGUUCUGUUCAGCAUUUGGUAAAUCAGGCAACUUUGUAUGUAUGUACUAAGUACGUACAGAUUUGACAAGCUAGUAUCAGGCAUCCAUUUUUUUAAUGCUCUCCUGAAAUACCGUGGUUCACUAUUGUGCUUUCAGAAAUGCACUGGCCCUUUAUUUCAGCUUCAAAUAAUUGUCACUUGAAUAAUCUUUAAAUUACGAGCCUUUCAGUUCCUUAAUGUUUUACGGCAGACUUAAGAGUACUAAUUACUUUUGAGAUGGUAUUUACUAAAUACUCAAAAGAAUUUAUUUUUAUUAUAUAAUUAUGUCAUCCUAAGAAGAAACAUCAAAAUAAAAAUAAAGCUUAGUCCAGGAUAAAAAAAUAAAAUUUUACAGUGUAAAGCAAAGCAAUUUUCUUUAAAUUUCUUUUCAAUUUUUUGAUGGAAGCCAGUCUUCAGUGACAGUGAAAGUGCUCCUCGGAUAUUCAAACUUCAUCCACAUUUUAACCAGCUAUCCCGCCAAAGUAAAUAAAGGAGAUAUAUUAAAAUUCCUUAGAACAAAGAAAAUACUAUUCUCAAAUACACUUUUUAACUAAGGAAUCUGCAUAUCAGUUCAUCUCUGGCUUACAAAGCAUAGUCUCUGCACUGUGUAGCACUGAAUGGAUUUUUCGUGAAUGAAAGUGCCAAUAUUACCCUGAAAGUACAAAAGUAGGUAUUUUUGUAACACUGAUACCAGUUUUAUGGCUAAAAAUUAGUUAGUAUGAAACCUGAAUACUUUCUCAUAUCUACAACAUGCAGAAGAAUUUGUUCAUAAAUUUAUGUGGGACUGCUUGUUACAGUUGAAUUUUAUCAUGGCUCUGUUAAACUCCUCAUGUUCAAAGACUGUUAGUAAUAUAUUUCUCUCUCUCUAAGCCCUGUCUUCACCUCACAGAAGUAAUUGAUACUGAGGUUAAUGUGGGCUGCAGGCCAGUAUCUAGGGAUGCAGCCUUGUCAAAAACGGAUGUGCAGGAGGACAUCACACCAGUUCCUGUGUUUUUGAUCUAACUGUACAAUUUAGAAGCAGAUAUAGAGGAAAACUAGUAGUAGCAGGAAUGGAAAGCACCUCAUGAUUAAAUUAAAAUUUCAGAAUGCUUUUAUUCUUGGUGUCUUAAUUUAAAAACUGCUUCAGAGCUAGUAUUUACAUCUAAAUAAAAGUGAUCCCUAAAUAAGAUUCCAUCUUAGAUAAAUUAUUUUCUUUACAUACUAAAAUACUUUCUACUCUAGCACAACUCAACUCUAAGCAUGUCUAGGCUGCUGUGAGUAUGAACUGUUUCGCUUUUCUAUGUAGGGGACUAAAUUAGAUUUCAAAUCUGAAUAACAUUUUAGUGCUUAUGCAGAAGUACAGCAGAGCAGAAUCUGAUAAACUUGGUCUUUGAAAAAUCUGUAAAAUAAUGCCUCUGGGAAUCUCGACAACAAAAAUGAGAGAGAUUGCUGUGGUUAAAAUACAGCAACAUCCAGCAUUUAUCAUUUCUGCUAAAAACAAUAGCUCUCAUGUUUCUAAAGCUGAAGUUGCAUAUCUGCUGUUUCUCAGGCUGUAAGAAGGAGAUUUUGUUUUCUCUUGCCUUAAUCGUGGCAAAAUCCAUAAUAUCAUGACCCUUGAGAAAAUAUGCAAUGAUAUUUUUAAAAUUUCUAGUCAUUUUAUUUAGGUACCUACUUGGUGCUGUCUGGAACUAAAUAUUUUCGGAACCCAGUUGUUAACAUGUUUUCACCGAAGUAUUACAUUUAAAUACAAGAACUACAUAACGAUAGCUCUUUAGCAUAAUUCUGCUAUCUUUAUUUUAGGGACAUGGCUUCUUAGUAGGUGUUUUGCUUGAAUACGUACAGCAGUUGUUCCUGAGUUGUCUGUUAUCUUCAUUUGUCUUCAGACCAGAGUUGUUUUGAUCUUAGACUGCUUUUCUCAUCUGCCAUCUACAGUGCAGUAGUAUGUCAGAAGACAUACCAUAAUUUCUUCACUUACCCCACAUUAAUAAUUUUGGUAGCUGAUGUGCCCAGGGAAUUACACUAAUUUGGAUUUCAGUUGUUUCUUCUAACAUAAUCUCUUUUCAUAUGAAUUCUGCUACUUUUAAACAAAUAAGUGUUUACUAAAAUAAAACCUGCUUGGUAAACUGACUAACAUCAGAUCACAUGCUGCCUAAUUUUAAAGGUUAUCCAACAGACAAAAGUAAAUGUGUCUAACUACGUUUGUCUAGGUUUUCUAAAUCAUAGAAUCAUUAAGGUUGGAAAAGACCUCUAGGAUCAUCAACUCCAACCAUCAACCCAACACUACCCUGUCUCCUAAACCGUGCCCUGAAGUGCCAUGUCUACAUGAUUUUUGAACACCUCCAGGGAUGGUGACUCCACUACCUCUCUGCGCAGCCUCUUCCAAUGCCUGACCACUCUUUCAGUACAGAAAUUUUCCCUAAUAUCCAAUCUAAACCUCCCCUGACACAGCUUGAGGCCAUUUCCUCUUCUUCUAUCACUAGUAACUUGGGAGAAGAGUCCAACCCCCACCUCGCUACAACCUCCUUUCAGGUACUUGUAGAGAGCAAUAAGGUCUCCCCUCAGCCUCCUCUUCUCCAGACUAAACAACCCCAGCUCCCUCAGCUGCUCCUCAUAAGACUUGUUCUCCAGACCCUUCACCAGCUUCAUUGCCCAUCUCUGGACACGCUCCAGCACCUCGAUGUCCUUCUUGUACUCAGGGGCCCAAAACUGAACACAGUGCUCGAGGUGCGGCCUCGCCAGUGCCGAGUACAGGGGCACGAUCACCUCCCUGCUCCUGCUGGCCACACUAUUCCUGAUACAAGCCAGGAUGCCAUUGGCCGCCUUGGCCACCUGAGCACACUGCUGGCUCAUGUUCAGCCACCUGUCAACCGACACCCCCAGGUCCUCCUCUGCUGGGCAGCUUUUCAGCCACUCUGCUACCAUCAAUUCAACUAUCAGUUUGUAGAGGAAAAUAGUAAAGGAUAGAGUUUGCUGCAAUAACCCUGAAAUAUUAUUGAUUCCGGGCAGAAGAAGAGGCUACAAGUAAUUUAGGGGAUCUGCCUAAAAGCUUGGUCUAGAACCUAAAAACAAAUCAGAUGAGAAAGUAUAUUUCUUCAAUGUGUCAGUAUCAAAUUGCCCUCUGUAGAAACAGUUGCUGACGUCUAAAAUAUUUCUGAGAAGCGAUACCAAAAUUUGCCAAAGAUGAUCGUAGAAUUGUUUAGGUUGGAAAAGAACUUUAAUAUCAUCAAGUGCAACUGGUCACAGAGUAUCAUUCUGCAAAUGUGGAUUUCUGUGUCACUCACAAUGUUAAACAAGCACUGAACUUGAAAGCCAGCCCAAUUUAUGUUAAGGCAUUAGGAUCUUCACAGAAACCACCAGUGACCCAGUUUUGUGCUUAGUGUGGAAGACGAUGAAGAUGAGCUGUGUUUUACUGCUGGCCAAGAGAACAGUUUGUGUCUGUGGCAUAAGCUAUUUUGUGUACAGAGCUCAAUGACUGCACCAUAUUUAAUGAGGCUUUCACUGCUGGGUGCAGCACUGACAACACAAUCUCAUCCAAACAGCUGCAAUCAUGAAGACAUCAUGUAGCUGGCAGAAUUUUUGUCAUAUGUUUUGACUAACAGAAUGUCAAUACAUCCAUCAGAAACCAUGGAAUUGUUUGUUUUGUCUUCACUGGAGGGGUUUCCAGUGCAGUCAUAAAGCUAGAAAAUGCAGAAACCAUAGUCAGUGUGAGCUACAGCAUAAACAGUGAGGCUCACUAGCCAUGCAAUGUGAAUCUGUUAGUAUGUUGUCUAUUGGUUGGUUAGAUGUCUGUAAAUUAACAAAAAACUAAUCAAUAAAGUUUAAAAAAAGUGGGACGAAUUAUUCUUAUUUGGUAGAUAAGAAGUCUCUGUGAAAACAGAAAGGUCAAGUAUCAAAGUCACAGAACACUUCAUUUUUCCAGAACGUGAGCAAUUUCUUAGACUUCAGUAGAGCAACAGCCUUUUAUAGACUACCUUUGAAGCCCCUAAAUAUAUUAAUCAACAGGCAUCGACCCCCCUUCAUGUCAUCUCUUACUGUAAGAGACUUGCUCACUUUGAUUUAGGCUUAAUUAUGUCCCAUACUUUGGGAAAUUCUGUUGUGUACUGUGCACUGAAUCUCAGACCUGAAAUAAUUCCAUUGGCGAUAACUGAUGUGCUACAUAUGGAGUGCUGGCUGGUACAAUGUAUUUUAACAAAUAGAUCAGAUGUUCAGAUUUCAGCCUUGCCAUUACAUUACCAGAAUACAAUGACAAAUAGAUAAACAUUUAGACUGUAGGUAAAAGUGUCCAUUCGGUGUAUUACUGUGGUUUUGAAGGUGAAUCACUUUGAAGCUGAUAUUUCUAUAUAUGCUUAUUAGCAUAUGCUGAUUUAUUUUAUUUUAUUUUUUCCUUGGAGAGUGUGAGAAAAAAAGUGUUAGUCAGUUUUGAGCUCUGGAACAUGUUUUGUCAUUUUAUGCUGCCUGUUUCGAUUUAAUUCGGGGAUAACUAAAAAAGUAGCUAAUUCUUGAUACCUCAUUACAAGCACUCCUAAUUAAGUUAGUUGAUGCAUGAGUUGUUUUCCUCGAGAUCUUUUGCUUUCAUUUAAUUUGAUUAAAAUACAGUGGUUUUUACAUUUACUAUUCUAAAACUGGAAUAAAAUUAGUCUUGUGAUCUAGCAUUUAGAUUGGGAAAUUCUAAAACUAAGAUUGCCCAGGUGUCUUAUACACGUGACACUGAACAUAUUACAUCACAUUUCCCAGUCAGCUGUUGCUACUGCAGUCCACUGUAUAGUGACCGUAAAGCAUCUGCAGAAUUUCAAUGAAUUACACAGAUGCAGGGUGUCUCUGUACUGGUGUGAAGUCAGAUAGGUCGGUUUAAUAUCUCUAAACUUGUACCUGUUAAUGUAAUGGUGGUAGGCAUAGUGGAAUGAAAUUCCUCAACAUGCAAUUAUUUCCUGACAUAAAGUCCUUGAAAGAUCUUUGCCAGUAGUUAAGCAAGGAGACCAGCUCCUGAUUUAACAUAAAAGGCUCCCCGACCACAUUGCCGUAUAAGCUCAACUCAGCAGGAUAUAAGGGACAUCUGUGUGCAAAAAUAUGUGUCUGUCUUUUCUUUGUUAAAUUUUCAUCUUGUUUAUCCUUUCUCAUGGGUUUCAUUCUAUGUGUAUGUAUAAACAUGCUGCUACUUUUCAGUCCUGUAAAAGGCACCAGAGAAGGCAGCAUGUUGAAGCUGACAUUGUUGUAGUAACCAGAACUAUUGAGUUUCCUUCAAAUGUGAUUCCUGAAAUGUAAACGUGUGUUCAGACCUUUACUGCUAUGCAGACGUCAUCCGUAGUCCUGUUCACAUAAUUACAUUCCUUUCUUAUAGACAUAGACAGGCGUAAACAUGUUCAUAUACUGUAAAACUUUACUGGUCAGAAAGAAAAUUAGUCCUUUAUGCUUAGAAAUCCUGACUGCACUAAAGCUAGCAGAGGCCUCAUCUCUAAUAUUGGUGGAGUUACAAUUGCACACUGAGUUUGAGAAAAGGAGGAGAAAUAUUUUCUCAGCCUACUUUCAUUGCAUUUUGGAGACCUGCAAGUGUACAAUAUGUGCUGGUCUGGGGAGAAACAAAUACUUACUGAAAAAUCCAGGAUCUUGUAAAAAUAAUUUCAUAACAAACUGUAAACAUUUGGAAUAAUUUGGCACUACCUCAUUUUUCUAUUUUAGAUUUCCUUUUUCAAAAUCUGAGAAACGGAAUUUUGAGUUGAUUUGGGCUCUGGUAUAAGUACUUUUGAUUUUCAAGAAAACUAAACCAAAUUUAGUUACAUAAUGAAAACCGCUGUACUUCUGAAUGGCAUCAAUACAAGCUUAUGAAAUUUGAAAAAUUUAGAAAUAUUGCUGCUCUUUGUCCACUCUAAUAUGGGCUACUACUGCAUUUUCAAAAUAAUUAAACCUCAAAGGAGAGUUCAUCUGUUAAGGUAUAUCAAUUGUACUUCAUGCUCACCACUAAAUGUUUUGUUUCACAUCAGUUUUUCAAGAAAACCUAGUAAUUCAUUAAGUACCUAAAAUGGGAAUCUUCAUACGUGGAGGCACAAGCUAAUUAUACCUUACAUCUGAAUACCAACACUAUUGAUAUACUUCCUUUUUUUAACAAGAGAGUCACAAAAUAAAACCAGUUUUGACUAUUUGUUAGACAUUCUCUUAAUACAUUUUUUUUUUGUCCCAUGAUAUUUUUGUUCCAAGAUAGCUUCCCAAGGUGUUUGCAUUGCAGUUUUUUCUUUUUCUGCCAUCUUCAGGGCGUGCAAGGGGGAACCAACUCAGCUGUCUUAAGAAUUGCAUAAUGAAUUUUUAAAAAUGCAGAAUCGUAGAAUCAUUUAAUUUUGAAAAGACCCUUAAGAUCAACCAUUCCAACCAAAUGACUGCUUGACUAUUGCUUUGAGUGAAUCUCGUGGAUGCACAUAAAACUAAGUCUAAAGUUUGCAUUUUCGGAACACCUCUUGCAGGUUGAGGAGCAAAGCAUUGUAGAAGUAUAACAAGAUAAGCUUGUUACCAUGUUAUUCCGAAGCACAGGUCCUUGUCAACCUGUGAAGUUGGUGCUACUCACUGACACGUGUGAGGUCUGACUCCUGUGUCACACCAGCACACCAGUUUUAUUGUUGGGUGGCUGUGUUGACUUAAGAGUGGCUAUGCCUUAUUUAUACCAAUAUGAAGCCAGAAUCAAAUCUCAUGUAUAAAGCAUAAGUACCAAUCAGAAUACAAAGUGCUGAGAUCAUGUCAAGUGAUUACAGUGCGAAGUUUAUGAAAGCUGUCUAUUGUGCUAUGAGUAUGUUGCUGCAGACUGGUAGCUUGACGCAGACUCUGCAGGUAUGUUUAAGUUUAGUCAAGGCAUUACAUGGAAAGUUCAUAUGUUAAUUUAAUGUCAACAUUUGUACCUACUUUCUGCAAUCUGAAUACAAAAUGUUAGCCAAUGAGGCAGUAACAAAAAUAUCAGAAUUCAUUACUUUUUACUGACUUGGGACUUACUCCAGGCUAUUUCUGAAAGCAAGGUUGCAAGUGUUUAUUGCAUCUCAGGAGAUAGUUAGUACCUUUGCAGGAUCAAAGUUGCUAGCUGUACUCAUAAUUUAAAGUGUAACAUGAAACAUUGUCAUUUUUGUAAGCUAACAAAAUAAAUUAUUUUUCCAAGCA